GCAUUACCACUAACGUCAUCGACAUCACGUGAGCGGCCAGCGUCUUGCGCCAGAGGCGGGUGCUCCGCUGAAGGCGGCUCCUUGCGGCACUCCCGAGUCCCAUCAGGCAACGCGUGCGCGGUGUGCUUGCACUCUAUGGUAACCAUAGAGAUCCACGGAGGUGGCGGAUCAAUACUGGGACGGCGGCGGCCGUGGCGCCGUGGGGAACAUGGCGACGCUGGUGCUGGACAACGGCGCCUACAACGCCAAGAUCGGCUACAGCCACGCGCACGUCAGCGUCAUUCCCAACUGUCAGUUCAGAUCAAAGACGGCGCGCUUGAAAACUUUUACAGCCAACCAACUGGAUGAAAUUAAAGAUCCGUCUGGCCUUUUUUAUAUUCUCCCUUUUCAGAAAGGUUACUUGGUGAACUGGGAUGUCCAGAGACAGGUUUGGGAUUAUCUUUUUGGAAAAGAAAUGUAUCAGGUGGAUUUUGUAGAUACCAAUAUUAUUAUCACUGAACCUUAUUUUAACUUCAGUUCAAUACAAGAAUCUAUGAAUGAAAUUUUAUUUGAAGAAUAUCAAUUCCAAGCAGUUCUUAGAGUAAAUGCUGGUGCUCUUAGCGCGCAUAGAUAUUUCCGGGAUAAUCCAUCUGAGCUAUGUUGUAUCAUUGUGGACAGUGGCUACUCUUUUACACACAUUGUACCUUAUUGUAGAAGUAAAAAGAAGAAAGAGGCAAUUAUCAGGAUCAAUGUCGGAGGAAAACUCUUAACCAACCAUUUAAAGGAGAUCAUCUCUUACAGGCAGCUACAUGUUAUGGAUGAAACGCAUGUGAUUAAUCAAGUGAAAGAAGAUGUGUGUUAUGUGUCUCAAGACUUUUACAAGGACAUGGAGAUUGCCAAACUGAAAGGAGAGGAAAAUACAGUAAUGGUAGAUUAUGUUUUGCCAGACUUCAGCACAAUCAAAAAAGGAUUUUGUAAGCCAAGGGAAGAAAUGGUGUUAAGUGGAAAAUACAAGACUGGUGAACAAAUACUUCGUCUAACAAAUGAAAGAUUUGCAGUUCCAGAAAUACUCUUCAAUCCUUCAGAUAUUGGCAUUCAAGAGAUGGGAAUUCCUGAAGCCAUUGUCCAUUCUAUUCAAAACUUGCCUGAAGAAAUGCAGCCUCAUUUCUUCAAGAAUAUAGUUCUGACUGGAGGAAACACCCUUUUCCCGGGCUUCAGAGAUCGGGUCUAUUCUGAAGUUCGAUGCCUUACUCCAACUGAUUACGACGUUUCUGUUGUUCUCCCUGAAAAUCCUAUUACUUAUUCCUGGGAAGGUGGGAAGCUCAUUUCUGAAAAUGAUGAUUUUGAAGAUAUGGUAGUAACUAGAGAAGAUUAUGAAGAACACGGACACAAUAUCUGUGAAGAGAAAUUUGAUAUAUAGCAUAACUGGAUAUAUUGUUAUUCCAUUGUUUCACUAAAAAUGGAACUUUUUGAACUACAGCCUACUUUCUGUAGGUUAGGAUUGUGUUUUAACUUUCCUUCCUAUACUUCAUACAUUGUGAGAAUAUUCUUUUUCAGAAUUGAAUAAAAUGUUAGAAGCCUAAUACUAUGAAAUGUGUGCAUCAUCAGUUUGUUGCAUUUUCAUCUUCUACUGACAGCUUCAUUGUAUUCUUAUCACAAAAGAACUCCUUAAGAGCAUGAAACAAUAAAAAUAUUGAAUGCUUGUUUA